GUGUCAUUUGCUGGGCAGCCCAGUACGGAAGCGCCAGCUCUUCCUGACACUAGAGGUGGGAGCCCGGAGUGCGCGGUGGACACGGACAGCCUCCAAUUUCGCGGGGCCUGUUGUCCAUUGCACGCCACUUCCUAGUGCUGGGUUAAUGCGUCACAUUUCAGGAUACCAUUACAUUGAUAGAAAACAAGAAAAAUGAAGAAAAUGCCAUUGUUCAGCAAAUCACACAAGAAUCCUGCAGAAAUAGUGAAAACUCUCAAGGAAAAUAUGGCCUUAUUAGAAAAGCAGGACAAGAAGACUGAGAAAGCUUCUGAAGAGGUGUCCAAAUCCCUUCAAGCCACAAAGGAAAUUUUGUGUGGUACGGGAGACAAAGAGCCCCAGACAGAAACUGUAGCUCAGCUAGCGCAAGAAUUGUACAACAGCGGCCUGUUGGUGACAUUGAUAGCCGAUCUGCACCUGAUAGAUUUUGAGGGUAAGAAAGAUGUGUCCCAGAUAUUUAACAAUAUCUUGAGAAGACAGAUUGGCACACGCUUGCCCACAGUGGAGUAUAUUAGUUCCCAUCAACAUAUCCUCUUUAUACUGCUCAAAGGGUAUGAAUCCCCUCAAGUGGCUUUGCAUUGCGGGAUAAUGCUUCGUGAAUGUGUCCGCCAUGAGCCACUUGCCAAAACCAUCCUGUACUCCGAGCAGUUUGAGGACUUCUUUAAAUAUGUGGAAAUGUCAACGUUCGACAUAGCUUCCGAUGCCUUUGCUACAUUUAAGGACUUGCUUACAAGGCACAAGUUGACUGUAGCUGAAUUUCUAGAACAGAACUAUGACAGAAUAUUUAAUGACUAUGAAAAACUUCUACAUUCUGAGAACUAUGUAACUAAAAGACAGUCAUUGAAGCUGCUGGGGGAGCUCAUCCUGGAUCGACACAACUUUUCCAUCAUGACCAAAUACAUCAGCAAACCAGAAAAUCUAAAGCUGAUGAUGAAUCUGCUGAGAGAUAAGAGCCCCAACAUCCAGUUUGAAGCGUUCCAUGUAUUUAAGGUAUUUGUAGCGAAUCCAAACAAAACGCAGCCAAUCGUGGACAUCCUGUUAAAAAACCAGACCAAGCUAAUUGAGUUCCUGAGCAGCUUCCAAAAGGAGAGGACGGAUGAUGAACAAUUCUCAGAUGAAAAGAAUUACUUGAUCAAACAGAUCCGAGACUUGAAAAAACCCAGCCCAUGAUGAUCUCCCGCGCUGCAUCUUCCACCCAUCAUCUGAAUAAGUGUUUUACCGAAUUGUCAUGGCAUCGUCAGUGCCUACGGUUUUUUUUCUGUUUCUAUUUAGUUUAUUAGCUGCCAAGAGUAUAAAGGUUUUAUAUUAAAACUUAAAAAAAAAUAUUUUGUUCUUUAUAAUCAGUGGGUAUGUGAAAUUUGCAGUUGGGUGCGAGAGGUGUCUCAUUGUCCUCACAAUCACUAUGGACAGUUACUAUGAUGAUGUGAAUCUGACUGAAGUAAUUAUUAUAAUUAUUAUUAUUUCUUAUUUUUAUUGUCACUUGAAACUUUCCAACGUGCAGUACUAGAACUAAGGGCAGCAUUCGGGCAGAACGUAUAACUGGGGUUACGGCCCAGUGCUGUCUCAUUAGUAGUACAGACCGCAGAUGAUCACCUAUUGGCAGUAGGACAGUUCACUGAAUGUUCCCAGAAAAAGACUCUUGGUUUCUAGAAAUGGAUUAUCUGUAAAUGGAUCAUCUGUCUGUAUCUGCUUCUCUUUUAAAGAGGAUAACAAAAAUAUAUUGCUUGCUUCUGAGCAAAUAGGUCAAUAGUCGCCCUGUGUAAUAGGGCAAACAAGCAAUUGCUUGUUCUUGGGCUGAUCACAUGUAUUUGACAUAUUUAAAAAUAGAGUAAGGGUACGUUCACACGCGCAGAUUUUUGCAGUGUAUUCAGCUGCGGAUCCGCUGGCGAAGGCCCCGCUCUAUGCUGGCUUUACAUGUGCCUGCUGGUAGCGGUAAUACGCCGCUACCAGCAGACACAUUGCAGCGAUGUGCGCGGCGUACUCGCAUAUCGCGGCCACUCUCCCUGCUCUGAGCUAGGCAGAGAGCUCCCACGAUGUGCGAAUAUACUGCGACUUGCACAUCGCAGUGUGUCUGCUGGUAGUAUUGCCAGCAUAGAGCGGGCCUUCACCAGCGGAUUUGCAGCGUAAAAUACGCUGUGAAUCCGCACGUGUGAACGUACCCUAAGUGUGGCCAAAUAACCAAAGGGCCCUGCCUGCCUGAUACCCAUUCAUGUAGAUAAAUGCUGAUUUAGGAGAUCGGUGCUCAUGUUGGUCGGUGUAAUACAGCCAUAAGGGUUUUCUUUUUUUUUUUUCACACUUGGUGGCCACCUUAAAGGGGUACUCCACUGGAAAACAUUUUUUUUUUAAAUCAAAUUAUGCCAGAAAGUUAAACAGAUUUGUAAAUUACUUCUAUU